AUGUUGGCCGGUCACUUUGCUGCUGUGUUAUCUGUCGACGUUGUUCCCACUGUCACCACCCUCCUGGCUGAAGAGGCAAGACAAGGAUCGAUCGAUUUGGUACCUGUCCCUUCACAAGCGCGUGGCAAGAAAGAUUCAACAGAAUAUCUCCAAACUAAGGGCAUCACGGGGGAAACCGCCAGCAGAUAUCGAGAAGAACCAGGAAAAGGCGGUGCCCCAUCUUCAGGUGGAGUCGAUGAACAAAGAUGCGAUGGAACAUCUGGUGAGCUCUAA